AUGAACGUCUCCUGGGUCGUGGCUAACGCUACUGAAGAGGAACUGGAUCAAAUGUGCCUUAGUGUGACAGACUACCUGGCUGGACAUCUGGGGACUCCCAGGUCUCCUGCGUUUCUUCCCGUCUGCAUUACCUACCUCGCCAUCUUCUUGGUGGGUGUCCUGGGCAACUUGCUGACCUGCGCGGUCAUUCUGCGCUACCGGGUGAUGCAGACGCCCACCAACUACUACCUGCUGAGCCUGGCCGUGUCCGACCUGCUGGUGCUGCUGCUGGGCAUGCCGUUGGAGCUCUAUGAGAUGUGGCAGAACUAUCCCUUCCUGUUUGGGGAAGGAGGCUGCUACUUCAAAACAUUCCUGUUUGAGACCGUCUGCUUUGCCUCCAUCCUCAACGUCACGGCGCUCAGUGUGGAGCGCUACGUAGCCGUGGUGCAUCCACUCAAAGUCAAACACAUGACCACGCGCGCUCACGUCAAGAGGGUCAUCCUGAUGCUGUGGGGUCUGUCCAUGCUGUGCGCCGGGCCAAACACCAGCCUGCAUGGGAUUGUGGUUCUGCCUCCGAUGUUUGGCCGCCAGUUUCCCCAAUCUGCUAUCUGCCAUGUGAUCAAACCCACCUGGAUGUACAACCUGAUCAUCCUGAUCUCCACGGUGGUCUUCUUCCUGCUCCCCAUGCUGAUCAUCAGCAUCCUCUACCUGCUCAUCGGCCUGCGGCUGCACAGGGAGAGGGUAAUGAUGCCGGUGGAUGCUAGCAGUAGCUUCACGUCUGAAAGCAUCUCCAGUUCUCACCAGAAGAAGCUGAGCAAACGCAACCUGCAAGUCACCAAAAUGCUGUGUGUGCUGGUGGUCGUGUUCGGCCUCUGCUGGGCUCCCUUCCACUUGGACCGCCUGACGUGGAGCUACAUGAACAUGUCGUCCGAGGAGCACAUCAAGAUCUUCGAGCACGUCCACAUCAUCUCGGGCGUCUGUUUCUACCUGAGCUCCGCCGUCAACCCCAUCCUCUACAACCUCAUGUCCACCAGGUUCAGGGAGAUGUUCAGUCACAUCACGUGCUACUCCAGCAGCUGGUCGUCCCACUCCAACUCUCAGGUGACCCAACGCAGCACCUUGAGCUUGAAGAAAUGGACUUAA